AUGCUGCACAGUGCCAAAUAUUAUAGACUUCGCAAUUCUGUUAAGCUUUUCUGCAUUGGUUGUGUAUCGUUAGUGUCGCUACUCCUUUUAAGCUCCGUUUUCAACUUUAACAACACGCUGAGUAAAAGUAUACAGAUUGAUGCUAACUUCGUAGAAAUGUCUAUGACUGUGCAGGAGAUUCCGCUGGAAAAACUUCCGAUUUCUUCCAUGAAAAAAGCAAUCCUGCAUCUCACAGAGAACUAUAAGAAAGACGAACUUUGUAAAUCAUGUAAUAAAGUUCAGCAAAAACUUUCAGAGCGAACUAUCACUGCUAAUAUCUUAGAUGAAAAAGGUCCGAGCAACUUUUUGAUUUUUGGUGUAGGAUUCGACAGUAUAAUGUGGACUGCAAUGAAUCCAGGCAGAACUGUUUUCCUUGAAGAUGAUGAGCUUUGGGCAGAAAGAGUGAGAGAGUCUGCUCCAUUCCUUGAGAUUUAUACAGUGAACUACUCAGUCCGUAGGAGAGAAUACCCUCAAAGUUUAGAAACAUUCUCAAAACAAAAGAAUUGCAGUCCAUCUGGCUCAACAGUAGGGUGUUUUCUCAUGCUUGCUCUACCGCAAGAGCUAUUGGAUACGAGUUGGGAUAUAAUCAUGGUAGAUGCUCCUAGUGGCGGCGGCAAAGAUAAUCCACCUACUCGACAAAUGAGUAUCUUCACAUCUGCCAUACUUGCACGCCGUAAUAAGGCAGGUGCACAUAUUCUUGUUCAUGACGUACACAGGGAAAUUGAGGACGUGUUCUCAAAUAAAUUUUUAUGCCCUGAAAAUCUCGUGGAGGCACUUGAGCGAUCUGCCAAACUGUUCUCUGGUUCACGACUUACCUUGCGUCAUUAUUACGUACAGCACUCUGAAUCAAGUGAUUUUUGUCGAAGUUAG